AUGCCUGUCAUUUUUAAGCUAGACAAAGAGCAGACCGAUGGGGCGAGUGGGACGAGUGACGAGGAAAUGGCACGCUUGGUCAAGCAAGUAAGCAUUGAGAGCCCCAGCCAUAAGCUCAAGGAUUGUAUAUUUAGCUUCGAGACUCCUAUGCCAGACACCCCAGCAGGUGCCAGAGUCAAGGUUCGUAACGCUGGUGUGUGUUACCGCCUGAGGUCAGCAUCAUCAUCAUCCAGCAUUAAGUCUGUUGAAGCACUCCACUGUGGGUCACCCCUUCAUUCUUGUGUCAGGGACACGGCACUCUUCCCUGGAUAUGAGGUGGCUGGGACAGUGGAUGCGCUUGGGGAAGAGGUCGGAGAGACGGAUCUACAGCUGGGAGACAGAGUUAUUGUUUACCCUUACGAAGGACAUCCACCUGGAUAUGCUGAGUACAUUGCCGUGCCUGAAGUGCAAUACCUCAUUAAGAUUCCCGACGACAUGAGUUUGAGCGUAGCAGCCAUGUUGCCCUCUGGCGCUUUGUGGGCUAUGAACACUGUGUUUAGUGCUCACAUCCAUGUAGAGAAGGUGCUGGCAGAGAAAGGGGAAACAGGUCACUGUAAGAUACUGUUAGUGGGGACUGGUGGCCUUGCACUCUGGGCAAUGAGGAUUGCUCGCUUCUACUGGCCAGAAAAGCGAGAACGUAUCAACAUUAAUGUGGCAUGUCUCAGAGAUGAAGGAAUUUCUAUUGCACAAGAAUACCUGAAGGUGAACGUUGUCCAGUGGAAUGAGGACCUUUACGAGGAACAGUUGGUGGAACGCACCAAGGAUGCCUGUGGAGGUCCUGUCGACAUUGUCAUUGACUUCAGUGCCACUUCUCGCUCUAUUCGUAGGGCUCUCAAGUGCCUUGCUCCCGGUGGUGUAAUGCUCAUGAGUUCGGAACAUGCACAGGGGCUAAUUACUCGUUUUGGACCUGUAGCCGAGAAGGAAAAUCACCAGCUUGUACCCAUUGAAUUUGGUACUCUAAAUCAGCUACGGAAUCUCGUGCAUCUUGUUUCUACAGGAGAGAUUGAGCCUCCACUAAGGAGGGAAGAGCUUCUUAAGAGGUCAGCAAAUGUCCAAAGAGCAGUCAGGUAA